AGGACGCGUCAAAUUAAUCCCAGCAAACUCCGGACUCCCCGGGACAGCUUCAAUUGGCUUUUAUCGGAUGAAGAUCACUUUGUUGCCGCUGUGCCUCUCUGCCACUUGCUUCCAAAGAAAGAAGGAGGCGAGCUGCUGUCGGAGGAGAUUCUAAAAAAAAAAAAAAAGAAAGAAAGAAAGAAAAGAGAAGAGGUCUCGCUCUUCUCUUUCCAGGACUCGUUUCCCUCAAGUUCUCCCCACUUUUUUGGCUUUUCUGCCUUCGCUCGGACGCAUUCAGCCAUUUGAAGAGGCACCAUAGAUUUCCCAGCAUCUCGCAACAUAUAUAGGCAAAUGGAGCAAACCUAUGGAGAGGUGAACCAGUUAGGCGGCGUGUUCGUCAAUGGGCGACCCUUGCCCAACGCCAUACGGUUAAGAAUAGUGGAGCUGGCUCAGCUCGGGAUCAGGCCCUGUGAUAUCAGCCGGCAGCUGCGGGUCUCGCACGGCUGCGUGAGCAAGAUCUUAGCGAGGUACAACGAGACGGGCUCCAUCUUACCCGGUGCCAUCGGUGGGAGCAAACCGCGCGUCACGACGCCCAACGUGGUGAAGCACAUCAGGGAAUACAAACAAAACGAUCCCGGGAUCUUUGCGUGGGAGAUCCGGGACAGGCUUUUGGCCGAUGGAGUUUGUGACAAGUACAAUGUCCCGUCGGUCAGCUCCAUCAGCAGGAUUUUACGCAACAAGAUUGGAAAUCUGUCUCAGCCUCAGUACGAGAGCGGGAAGCAAGCCUCGGCGCAGGCCGGACUCUCCUACAACCACAUAUAUCCGUAUUCCUACCCCAACACCAUGUCGCCCAAGAUGAGCAGCCCUCCUGGAGUACCAGUGACCGCCGGACAUGUGAGCAUAUCCCGAGCCUGGCCUUCUGCGCACACCGUCAGCAACAUCCUCGGUAUACGAGCGUUCAUGGAUCCCACAGCAGAAGGAUAUCCACCAAAAAUGGAGGAAUGGAGUAGCGUCAACAGAGCAGCUUUCCCAGCGGCUCACACAAUCAACGGGAUCGACAAAUCAGCCAUCGACGCCGACAUAAAAUACGCACAGCCUUCAUCCACAUUGUCCAGUUAUGUCUCGGCGUGCGCUUACUCUCCCACCAACCAGUACGGCGUGUACAGCGGGUCAGCGGGCGGCUACGUGGCCCCGGGACACCAUCACCACUGGCAGCCGCAGAGCCCCGUCCUGUCCCACCCAGGUGGCGGCAUGGGUAUGCACGCGGGGGAGAUCCACUCAGCUAUGGCCUUCAAGCACGAGCAGGCCCGAGAAGGAGACAGGAAGCCUCCCAGUCCACUGAAGCAGCAGCAGCAGCAGCAGCAGCAACAACAACAUGAAGACUUGAACAGUGUGCAUGGACUCAGUCUCCCUACCUCAUCAUCAUAACCGGGACUUACACCACCUUAAUUACCAGACUCAUUUAAAUGAACCCAUUUUCGUCAGCUCCAACAGUAAGUCUGAACUCUAAUGGCCUUUCCCCCUGGGUGUUAGCAGCUCACAGUCAAACACAGGCCUAUUCACAUGCAUUAUGAAUACAGUAUACUGUAGCUUUAGAGACCUUCAUGGCCAUAUGAAUGUAAGCUUGCAUGGAUGU